GGUAUGUCCAGGGGACAGAAUGGCGAUCAGGUUAACGACGGGCUAUUUCAGAAUCUUAACAAAUACCCUUAAAAAAAGUGGAAUUAUCACCGCUUUCAAACCGUCACAGUGUUGGACAUGCAGAUUAGGGGCAAAAAGGCAUCUGCUUUCAGAGGAUGUGAUUCGGCUGCAUGAAUUCCAGCAAAGAAAAGUAGCUGUUGCUCAUCAGAUAUAUGGAGACAAAGAUGACUAUUUUCAGACGCUGGAUAAAAGGCUGCAGAGGAAUGAGCUUGUCCUUAAAGAUGAAUUAAAACUGGUCUUGCAUUUGUGCCAGACCCCAGAAGAUGUGGAAGUAGCCAAGAAUGCCAUUUACAGGUACCAUGAGGAAAAUGGAAAUGUGGCAUUUGGAGAGUUUAAGUUCGGACCUCUCUUUAUGAGGUUGUGUUAUGAGUUAGGACUGGAAGAGACUGCAGCAGAGCUGGUGAAAGACAAGGCUCUGAAAGGAUUCUUUUCAGAUUCAACUUCCUUCAACAUUGUUAUGGAUAUGUUGUUCAUAAAGGGAUAUUAUGACAGUGCUUUGGAGGUGCUGUUAGACAUGAAGAUCCAAGGAGUCUCAUUCAACAAGGACACAUGCACCCUGGCAUCUGCCAUCUGCUACAAACUGAACACUGCAGAGUCCUACAGAAUCUGCACUCUAAUACUGGAGGAGACCCAGAGUAAAGGAAAGCACGUUCCUCGACAGGCCUUCUUCUUUGCAAUUGCUCUUGCACUUAAACAGGAGGACGUUGAGAGAGCCCGCUCACUCUACUCACAGAUUAUGAACACAGAAAGCAAAGUUUGCCUAAAUCUUAAAGUUUUACUGCUGGGCUUGUCAGGGGCUCUGAAGGACCUUCUAUCCUUUCUGGAAUCGGCGAUAGUGACAGACACUCCUACAUUCGUCAAGAAGCCAGCCUUUUCUCAAGAGGUGCUUGAGACAGUCCGAGAGAAGAUGGAGCACAGCACUCAGCUGCACAGUCGAUUCGAGGACAUCUUUGCUAAGCUGCGUUUGUCCGGUCAGGUCACUGAUGUGACUCUGGAUAUAAUGCUGUGUCAUACUCCUAAUGCAAAGAAGAAACACGCGGCUCUGCUGGAUCAGAGGAGAAUCAGUCGAAGGACAUUCAGACCCCUGCAGUCAGCACUGCUGAUUGAGUAGCUGCAUGAAGCCCCCACCUUGAGACACUGCGCUGACCACACAAUGCAAUCCAUUUCACAAAUGAGACCAGACUGCUUUAAAGUAGAAAAACAGCAAGUGGUAGCAACUCAGAAAUAAACUUUGUAGGAAUGUAUUUCAAGAGCCCUAAAUAUUCUUGGGUGGUUUCUUUUUUUGUUUGUUUGUUUGUUUGCUUGAAGCAUUAAUAAUACUGCGUUCAGGUUGGAUUAUGGAAGUGACGUGUCUUAAUCUGGGAAUGCAAUGGAAUCCCUCUGGAAAUGGCUGUUGAGGACUCUUAUAAAAUAAUAGUUAACAAUACAAAUCUACAUGACAAUCACGACGACUGCUUUUGUUUAUAAGGAAUAUCGAGUGUGUGUUAUCUGUUCUUUUCACAAUAGUGUGUCUGGUUGUCCUGUCUAGUUGCUUUCCUUUUAUCAUGCUAAAUGAAUAUAAUACAGCUGCCAA